CCUGUGGCAGCAAAGGGCCUUGGCAGGGUGGCACGUUGGCGCCCCACAGGAGGAACCCGUGAUCCCCGAGAGGUCAAAAGGUCCUCAGGCGCAGCUGCUGUACGGGAGGUGCAGGCUUCAGCCUGGCCUAUGUGGGCCUCUCUGAGGAGGCUUCCGCAAUGGCUAGUCAGUUUGGGGAUUGGGGCCUGUAAUGUUUUAACUUCCUCGCCAAGUGACAGACUAGAGGGUUGAGCAUGUGCUGUGCCAUCGUGUGUGUGUGUGUGUGUGUGUGUGUGUGUGUGUGUGUGUGUGUGCGCGUGUGUGCGUGCGUGCGUGCGUGCGUGUGUCCCAGGUCCUUCGGGUGGACUCAGGUCCCGCCCCGCUCUGCUCCCUGCCCCCACCUAUGAGUUAGUGGCUGGGGUUUGAGGACGCCCCGUGACCUGUCCGCCCGUCCCAGCCUGGUUGCAGCAACGGGAGCCCGUGCACUGGCUGCGCACGCAGGCGCAGGCCGGCAGGAACAGGCUUGCCAGCUCACUGCCUAGAGGCUACACAUGGCCUGGAGGCCUCGAGGCCCCAGCCCUCUGAUUGACUGGCGGCCUCGUGGGGGAGGCGGGGCGAGGGGCGGGGCCUGGGCGCUCGCUACUUGUAAAGCGGAGUUCUCUUCCACGCUCCGACCUCUCAGAGAUUCCAAGCUCCCUGAGUUAGGACCUCAGCCAGCAGGGAUGUCCAAGAAAAAGUCCCGGCCAGCAGCGGCAGCUAUGAGUUUAAGGCAUGAGGAGUCUCAUGAAAUUGAGGAACAGUUCAUAUUGCGUCUGCCACCGGAACAAGCUUAUGCUGUCAGGAAAAUUAUACAUUCUAGAAAUGCUGCCACAAAGGAUAAACUAAAAAUUGGCUUUUCUCCUGAUGGACAUCAUGCAGUUGUUCAAGUAGAAAAUGUUUCACUGCCUGCUAAGCUGGUUAAUUUGCCUUGUGUUAUUGGAAGCCUGAAAACUGUUGAUAGAAAAACAUUUUAUCAGACAGCGGAUAUUUCUCAGAUGCUUGUAUGCAGUCCUGAAGGUGAGCCUCAUUCUUCUCCUGAAGAACCAGUUAUCUCUACUGGUCCUACUGUUACUGGACAUAUUGAAGGGAAGGCAGAGAAAAAAAAGUAUAACUGGAAGCACGGCAUUACUCCACCACUUAAGAAUGUCAGAAAGAAAAGGUUCCGGAAAACAACAAAAAAGCUCCCAGAUGUCAAACAAAUGGAUGAAAUCAACUUCAGUGAGUACACUCAGUCUCCAAGUGUGGAAAAGGAAGUGAAGAGACUGCUAUGCUCAGAUGCUGAAGCUGUCAGUGUCCGCUGGGAAGUUGUUGCUGAUGAUGAUACUAAGGAAAUAGAAAGUCAAGGGUGCAUCUCAACUACUUCAGGAACCCCACAGAUGGGUGGUGCUGGUUCAUCAGAAUAUGAUGUGCUUCGGGAGAUGAUGGGCGAGACUGGCAGCAAUAGUAAUGAUGUGGAAGAUAAGAAUAGCAAAAUUGAGGAUGAGGAUGAGGAUGAUCAAGAGGAUGAAGAUGAAGAUGAUGGAAAUGAAGAAAAAGAGGAGGAGACAGACAAUUCUGAAGAAGAGUUAGAAAAGGAGCUGCAAGCCAAAUUUAUUCAAUCUAGCCUCCAUGAAAAAGAACAAGAUUACACUUCAAUAAUCAUGGAAAUUCAGAAACUGAUUCAUAUCAAAGAACAAAAGCUCCAGCAAAUUUAUAAAAAAGCCCAGCGACAGAAGGAUCUCCUUCGGAAUGUGGAAAACUUGACCCUCAAGAGACAUUUCCAGAAUGUUUUGGAGAAGCUUAACAUACUGGAAAAAGAGAAGUGUGAGCAGAUUUAUCACCUACAGGAACAACUGAAAUGUUUCCUGAAGGAGUAAGGAAAGCCUCAGCCUAGCACACAAAGUGGAUUAACUUUCCAGAUGAAGACUCAGGGGGACCACAUACUUCUGUCCCUCUAGUUACUUUGUUGGGUAUUUUUUUCUAGUUAGAGUAAAUUUGAGGAUCAUAGUUAUAUAGAAGGAGACAUAUAUAGAAGGAGUUACAUAAAUGCAUAAUAAGUUUAGAAACCCCACUAAAUAGGGGAUUUUGUUUCUUUUUGUCAAUUUGGGAUUAUAUGUAUGCAUUUCUUUAUCUUUUACUCUAUGGUACCAUGAGAUCAUCCAGCCAUCUUUGUCAAAGAUCCAUAGGUGUUUUACGUAAGUUAGCUUUUCAAACACUGUUUUAAGUAUUUCCUACUGUAUUGAAAAUAAUCAAUUUGUCAGCAGAAGCAGAAGGUCAAAUUGAAGGCCAGGCUGGCCUUUAUUGUAAGACCCUUUCUCAAAAUAAAAUUAAAUUAAAACAUGAAAA